AGGCCUGUUCAGUUCCGAGGCAGACAGUACCCUGGAGAGUGGAGUCUCGAGGUGCCGGGCGAGGGGUCCCGGGGCGCCAUGGGGGAGGGGCACAUGGAGGCGGCCACCGCGGGUGGGCAAGGCCUCCUCCGGGCUGUCUGUCCCCGUCGAGGACUAACGGGAUCGUGAGGCCGUGUACCCGAGUUCUGGGUGGCAGGGUCGCCCCUGGCCAAGGAGGCGAGGCAGCAGUUGUAGCCUCAGUGCCUGAAGUCCCUCCAGGAAACAGUCGGAGGAAAGUUUGGUGGUCUCCUGCGCCGCCUGGUGGCCCCCCACCCAGAGUCCCCUCCCCCGCCCGGCGUCUGGAUUCCACCCCCGCGGCCCAGACCCAGUUGCUCUACCCGUCGCCCUGUCGUUUCCCCAACUCCCACUGCGCCCUGUACUCUCCUGUCCCACAUCCUCCUUUUCACCUUUUCCUUCUGCCUAUUAAACCCCUCCCGGUCUCCUCUUUCCCCCUUGUCUCAUCGUUUUCUUGCUUAACUCUCUUCUCGCGCUUUAUUUUCUUUUUUUCCUCCCGCCCCACCUCCCGUAUCUACUUGUAGCCCCUCUUGCCUACAACCAUCCCUCCAUCUUAAACUUUGGGUCUUAUGCCUGUCCUCGGAGCUGUGUGGCUUUUGCCCUUCAUUCCUUGCCCUGAUCUGACCCCUCUCUUUGCUCACUUAUCCCUCUGGGCCUAUCUGCUUUCAGUGCCCUCUCUUAGGAUUGAGUGGGUGGGGCCUGGAGUUUCUGCUUUGCAUAAAUUCUGUAGUACUGGGGAAGUAGGAAAGGUGGAGGAGAUUGCGAAGAAGAGAUUCGUGCAAAGCUGAGUAAGGAUGAAUGGCUCCACCAACACUUACCAUCGUCUCCUGGCACAAGGUAUUGGAAGAAGGGAUGGAAUUGGAAGAAAGAAGAUUCAUUCCAGAGACAAAAUAGCUCCCCUCUCCUAUUGUAGCUGUUUCCUCUGGGACUAUAAACUUUCUGCUUUCAGGUUCUGCAGCAUCCCAGAUCACAAACACCAGAUCAGGAUGGGAAAAAGACGUUGUGUUCCUCCCCUUGAGCCCAAGUUGGCAGCAGGCUGUUGUGGGGUCAAGAAGCCCAAAUUAUCUGGAAGUGGAACACACAGUCCCGGUAACCAGUCCACUACUGUUCCUGGCUCAAGUUCAGGACCUCUUCAAACCCACCAGCAUGUGGACAGCAGCAGUGGUCGGGAAAAUGUAUCAGACUUAACUCUGGGACCUGGAAACUCCCCCAUCACACGAAUGAAUCCUGCAUCUGGAGCCCUGAGCCCUCUCCCCCGGCCCAAUGGAACUGCCAAUACCACUAAGAACCUGGUGGUGACUGCAGAAAUGUGCUGCUACUGCUUUGAUGUACUCUACUGUCACCUCUAUGGCUUUCCACAGCCACGACUUCCUAGAUUCACCAAUGACCCCUAUCCUCUCUUUGUGACCUGGAAGACAGGGCGAGACAAGCGGCUCCGUGGCUGCAUUGGGACCUUCUCAGCCAUGAAUCUUCAUUCAGGACUCAGGGAAUACACGUUAACCAGUGCACUUAAGGACAGCCGAUUCCCCCCCCUGACCCGAGAGGAGCUGCCCAAACUUUUCUGUUCUGUCUCCCUCCUUACUAACUUUGAAGAUGCCAGUGAUUACCUGGACUGGGAGGUAGGGGUCCAUGGGAUUCGGAUUGAAUUCAUCAAUGAAAAAGGCAUCAAACGCACAGCCACAUAUUUACCUGAGGUUGCUAAGGAACAAGACUGGGAUCAGAUCCAGACAAUAGACUCCUUGCUCAGGAAAGGUGGUUUUAAGGCUCCAAUUACCAGUGAAUUCAGAAAAUCAAUCAAACUCACAAGGUAUCGAAGUGAGAAGGUGACAAUCAGUUAUGCAGAGUAUAUUGCUUCUCGACAGCACUGUUUCCAGAAUGGCACUCUUCAUGCCCCGCCCCUCUACAAUCAUUACUCCUGACACAAGGCUACAUGACCAGUCCCACCCCCCUGUGGCCACCAAUGGCUAUGACAUCAUUGGAGCAGAUGCCUCCUCUUCCUGGUCCAGUUACUUCUAUUACUGCACCAUUUUAUGAUGCUAGCUUCCGUUGCCAAGUCUGCCUCCUGCUGACUGGAGGGUGUGGGGAUACAUUGAAUGCAACAGAACAUGAGGGGCCCAAGCCUUAUAUCAGCCUUUCCCUCAAUCUGGGGUUCUGUUGGAUCAGGGCUCCCCAAUAACCAGUGAGAAUGGCUGUGUGGGUUCAGAAGACUGUUGUCUGGCGAUUUCCCACAUAUGUUGGCCACACACUGACUACUGGAAUUGACGGUGAUCCAUGGAGGCUUCUUCCCCAACCCCCCACAGCCCACCAGAUCAAUUAGGUGUACUCCCCUGGCAGUCUGGGCAACGGAGACCAACAUGAACCACUUUUAGGUUGUUUUAAAUUCCUUUUUUUAAACUUCCAGUUUAUUGUGUACCAAGAGUUGAUCCACAACCUCCAUGCUUCAUAAGUGAACACCAUGUUAGGGUUGAAUGUGGGCACCAUGAGCCCCUGUGAGUCCUGGACAAGAUUCUCGUACCAAGAUCAGAAGUCCUGUGGAUGACAUUUCAUUGUGCAGUAAGCUGUGAAGGUUUUCAUGCUUACCUGACUCUCAGCGGACGCUCUGGUACUCUUCCUGCAUUGAGUCUCCUGGUGUUGAACAGAGCUCUGUGGCAUAGCCUGCUGAGGAAUGGAAUGGAGAUGCCCAUAGAGGUCCAAAUGUCAUCAUCGUAAGCAGGUGUGAAAGGAGAGAUCUCUUCCUCACCACCCGGCUACCUCACCUCUUCUCUGGUAGCAGUGCCUAUGUAGCUGCAUCUAGGUUCUCAGAAGCACAGACAUGUAAACAGGUGGAUGGGUUGGGCUUUAGGACAUACUGUCACAGGAGAGCUUCCAGGGUCUCUGAGCUGAUUUUCUUCACAGGCAAACAUCCUGAGGGACCUUUAAGUAGGGGAGUUCUUUCUUCUGAUUUGCCUGAAGAAGUAGGAAGACUUGAUAUCAGUCCUCAGUAGGACUCUAGAACAAUGCUGUGUAAUAAAACAAGGUGAACCUUUAACUUGCCUACCAUACUGGGACUCUUCACCUCACCAGUGCAAAUGUCCAAACUGUUCGUGUUGCUCAUUUAAAAACUCUUGACAUUCCCUCUCCCAUCUUUACUCAUUCCAACAUAGCUGUUAGCAAAUUCUUUUCACUCACCUGGUGACAAAACACUUAGUACUAGGAAACUAGGGAGGUGCUUUGAAAGCUCUGUCUCACAGGCACUGCUCAGGCAACUCAAGGGAACGGCCGGCUGGAAGAAAGGCUCCUGAGGAUGACAAACUGGUUUUCAUCAAUGUUCAUAGAGAACUCAUGAGGGGGAUGUGGCCUCAAGUCGGUGAACAUAUGUUUUGGUUUCGUUUUCAAAAUUGAUGUGAUGGUGUGGUUUCCAAAAUGGGCAACUAUUCAAGUCAUAUGAUCAUCUGAGUUUCCUGUGCCAGGCAUGGAAGGGAAGUAGGGCUACUUCCUGUGUGCUAUUCUGGCAUCACUCAAAAGUUCCUGGGUUUUUGUUUUUUGUUUUUUUUAAACUGGGCACAGAGGUUGUACCAGAAGUGGUUAUGGGCCUGGAACGGAUGGGUGAGGGAAGCGUGGAUAACACUGGAAUACCCAGGAUGCAUGCCCCUUACUGUCAGGUUGGGUUCCUUCACAUGCACAGCAUGAAGGGGUCCCAUGCUGCUGAGAGGAAUGACGGCUACGUCAUUAACAUGUGGCAGCAGGUGCUCUCAGGUGCCAUGGAUUGAUGCAGGGUGCUCAGCUCUGGACUGAGCCACCCACAUCUAAUUUGUAAAACAGUAUUGAUACAUAGGGCUACACUCAUUCUGUUCAAGCGUUCUGUGUUGAGUUGUUUAAUUUCUAAAGAUUUAAAGCAAAAUGCAAAAAAAAAAAAAAUGGUGCUAAACUUCACCCCUGAGCACUCUCAGUGAGACUGGUCAUGUAAGCAUCUACAGUGCCAUGCUCCUCAAGCCUGUUUUUCUUGUAGAAAUGUUGCCCUAUCUUGUCUUCCCCAAUGUAUAGUAUGUAUUUUAUUUUAUCGAGGGUAGGGUAGAAUACCUGCCAUUUAAGAAAAAUGAACAGAAAGACCCAAAAAGUUGAGGGGGGGGUUAGUAAACAGAGUCCAGCUGGCAAAGCCUGGCACACUGAAGUGGGCUCAGUGGUUUUAGAGUGAAGAAGCCUUACUCCCUGCACAUUCCCUCGUGUUCCCAUGGCAGUACAAAUGCUCAAGUUCCUUCUGUCUUGUCAAAGAGACUUGGAAAUCAGGCAAAGAAAACUAUUUGGUCCAAAAGAAAUGGGCUCUGCUGGUGUCAGUCCUAACUGGAGCAUAGUUAUUAACAAGUCGAAGUACACAGUCUUGGUCACCUCAUGGGAACAUGUGGCAGGAAGCUUUCAGGAAAAAGCCACUGUGGAUUGUCCACAUGAGGGGGGGGAGGGGCUUUGCAUAGGGAGGUAAUGCUCUGAAUUAGAACUGAGCUGCCUUCUACACGCUGACCAAAGCAGUGAUAAGAAUGGCCAGUAUGGGGCCAGUAAGUGGUGGUGGUGGAAAGGGACCGUUUCCUGCCCUGGGUUUCCUUUAGUGAUAGGCUGCUCAAACAGAGGUCACCACUGUUCUCAAAGAGCCAGCUGAACUCUGCUGGCUUGGUUUAGAAUUUGUUUCAUCCCUAGCUGUGAGUGCCUUUUGGUCUGGAAAGUUGGCUUGUCUCAUCAUACCCACAGCUAGGACAUAUACUCUGUAAUUAUGAAUUGUCCUUGUUUUCCUGAGCUAAAAGCGAAUGUCUUUGAUCACUAGAGUUUGUCAGUGUUGGGUUGUUUCCACUGUGAGGUUCUUAAAAAACGUUUUCGCUUCAUAAUGUUAAAAUAACUCAUGUUAGAAACCCUUUCCACAUGAAGGGUUUGUAGUUGAGACAUAUAUAUUUUACUGUUUAUAAUAAAAAAAAAUCAUCUAUACAAAA